AAUGGCGCUUCUCCCUGUCUGGCUUUGUGCUGUGGGCUGGUGCCUAUGAGAAACUCCUGAAAUUCCUCUUCCAUGGGAUUCAAUUUUAUGCAGCUUGCUAUCAGAUGGAAAUCAGAAGAUCUUGAACUCCCAACGUCAGGAAAUGGCAAUUAUUGUGAAAUCAGGCACUCUAGUAACAGCAAAUUGGAUUAACUCUGUGGAAGCCCGAGAAUAUCUGGCUAGCAUUUUACGUAAAAACAAGAGGAAAGUGUUCGGAUUACUUGAGCGGCCAGUGUUCUCUCCACAGUCAGCACCCGAUAUUGCCAGUUACAAGAUCUUUGUGUCUGGGAAGAGCGGUGUAGGGAAAACAGCAGCAGUUGCUAAGUUUGCUGGUGUAGAAAUCCCCAGCCUUCAUCAUGAGACCACAGGAAUUCAGACAAGGACAGUUUAUUGGCCGGGAAAGCUGGUGGAGAGUGGUCGUGUGAUCAUGUUUUGCUUUCAGUUUUGGGAUUGCAGUGAAGCUUCCCUGAAGAAGUUUGACCACAUUCUUGCUGCCUGCAAGGACAAGGCUGAUGCAGUCCUGUUCCUGUUCUCUUUCACUGAUCGAUCAUCAUUUGAUGAUUUACCUAGCCAAAUGUCACGCAUCCUUCAUGAUUCUGAGAAGAUUGUGAAAAUUAUUGUUGGCACAAAAUUUGACCAAUACAUGCACACCGAUGUCACAGAGAGGGAAGUCCGUGCUUUCCAGCAGACAUGGCACCUGCCUGUCUACAAAAUUAAGAGUGUCAAUGGUCCACGGUUGUCAGAUGGAAAAACUCUCGAUGGCAAAGUGGGACUUCUGGAGGUAGAGCACAUACUGAAUGGAAUAGCUGAACAUCUGUGGUACCAAGAUCAAGUGACAGCAGGACUUGCCCCUGCUGUGCACCACCGCUGAGAGCCAACAGUCCUUUCUGAGUCCUCUGCAGACCCUUGUCUGAUGACAUUCUUAAUCUUUGUUUGCUCACAGGUAGUGACUUGUACUUGUUGGACUGAAUAUGUUUGAUUGGUACCACAGCCAUUAUCAGCUGCUUUAAUCAACACUCAGAAGCAUGUGAUAAUUUCCUCCAUUCUGUGAGCCAUUGGCAUUUAAUCAACUUUCUGAGGAAGGAAAACUAAUUUCAUUUCAAGGUAACAAUGUGACAUCAAACUUAUUCAGCUUGGACAAAUGUUGAAAGAGUCCUUAUCUACCACAAACCUCAGAACCGGUUUCAGACUGCUAAAAUCAAAGUCAAGUUUAUUGUUAUAUGCACAAAGUACACAUAAGCUUUGGUGCAAUGAGAAACUUACAGCAGCCUCAUAAACACAUGGGAUCACAUAAGUAGCAUUCACAAGAAAAACAUCAAUUUUUAUAAGUAAGCAUAACUAGAACAAAACAAGUCAAUUUUAGUGCAAAAUUGUCAUAGAAAUUCUGAAUUAUAGUGAUUAGCUAGUUGAUUCAAGAACCAAAUGGUUGAAGGGAAAUCUCUGUUCUUGAACCUGGUGGUGGGGGACUUCAGGCCUCUGUAUCUCCUGCCCGGUAGUAGCCGUAAAAACAUGGCAUGGUUCGGGUGGUGAGGAUCUUUGAUGAUAGACAUUGCCUUCUUGAGGCAGCACCUCCUGUAGACGACGAGGGAUGUGCCUGUAAGUAAUGGGCAGAGCGCACUACGCUGUGCAACUUUUUACGUUCCUGCACAUUCACAUCACCAUACAAGACCAAGAUGCAUCUCGCCGGGAUACGUUCAGCAGUACAUCUGUAGAAGUUUAUUAGUGUUUGAUGACAAGCCAAACCACCUUAAACUCCUGGGAAAGUAGAUGCUGGCACACUUUCCCUAUGAUUACACCUAAAGAGAUUUGUUGUGACGAGAAGAAUCACGUUCUCCAUAUCUCUAUUCAUUUUACUACCAUCCACGUUGGUUAAUGGAAGAUACGUUUGCAGGUUGUAGCAUGUGAAGCCAAGUUUAAAGGUGCAGGUGUGACUCAGUCAGGGGUAAAGCUGGUAAUCUCUGGAAAAUCUGGCACAUUUCACACCGGUCACGAGGACUGUGACAUCUUGUAAUAACUGAGAUGAGUAUCCUAAGGUAUGUAUUCCAACUGAAUCAUCCUGUGGACUUGUAGAUCCAUGAUACAGCAAUUAUCAGAGGUCAUAUUCUGGCGAUUACUACAGGUAUAUUAAUUAAUUUACUACUGAGAGUCACUGACUAAUGAUAGUAAACGGUGCCUCAGCUGAAACGGGCUAUAGCUUACCUAGUCCUUCCAUGCUGUGGACAGGGCAUUCUGCUGUGAACAGCAUCACAGCCAAACCUGAUUUAUUAUAGUAUAGUAAAAGACUGGAACUUGACUCAGCCUGGUGACAUGGGUCAAACCCAAGGUCACCCAACCCAGCAUAGACUAGCAUUUAAUUUGGUACUCCUGCACUGUAAAGUCAGCCUUAAUAUUUAACUUAGCCAUUAGACAAUCAGGAAGGUUUAAUUUCUUGCUGGUUUUAACUAAAAUUCGAUAGAUUGCUGCAGUGCCAACAGAAAUGUUGGAUGAAUGAAAAUGAAUCCAGUCUGUUUCCUUUGUGAAGACACAGUUAACGACUUCAGCCAGUAUGUAGAAAUGCAGCUGAGUAACUGAAAGUAUACGGUAUUGGGGGACAAUCUGUUUGACAAUAAUUUGACUUUAAUAAUUUUCAAAACAAUAUCAAAUAAAAGGUACUUAGCAACUGCAUCCAAAAACAAUUCUUAUCUUGCCUAGCACAAGUGAAAGCUUGAAAUCAGGACUGCAUUGGUACCAUAACUUUUAAUCUCAUUAUCCUAUCCAGCUGAGGUUUCAUAAUUCAAAUUAAUUUGCUUUACAAAUAUUUGAGAAGAGAUCAGUUUCCAAGUGCAGGACACAGAUUUUAAUAAACACGAGAUUCUGCAGGUGCUGGAAAUCCAGAGCAAUGCAUACAAAAUGCGAGAGUAACUCAGCAGCUCAAGCAGCAUCUAUGGAAACGAAUAAAUUUUCGAUGUUUCGAGCCAAAGCCGUUCUUCAGGGCUGGAAACGAAGGGGGUAGACACCAGAUGUGGAAAGGAGAGGCAGAAAUCUGAAGGGAGACGAGAGUGGACCAUGGGAGAAAUGGAAAAUGGAAGAGAAGGUGAUAGACAGGUGAGGAGAAGAGGUAAGAGGCCAAAGUGGUAAUGGAAGGGGGAGGGGAAAUAGGAUUUUAAUGCUGUGGGGAUCUAAUAAUUCUGCUAUUCAUAAAAAAGAAUCAGAUGACAAUGAACACCAAUAAAAUCUUAUCACUCAGCCCAGCCAGGACCAUGUCCUCAACCAGUCCUCAGAUUAUGGAUGGUAUACUUAGGAGGUAGCUAUUUCCAGUGCUCA